UUUUCCGGUGAUCGGAGGCGUCUUUGGUGUUGAGAGUUUGUUGUUGCGAGCAAGCCGAGUCUUGAUUUUGUCUGUAGUGUCAUAUUCUCGGGAAAAUGAGAGCAAAAAAUGAGGAUCUGUGUUUGGCGGCAAAGACGACACCGGACGAUCAUUAUGUAGGAUUUUGCAAAGAGUUGAGGAUUUCGUACACGAGAGAUUUUCUCAUUUCGUUGGCUGAGUUGGAUAUAUGUAGAGAGCUACCAAGGGGAUUUGACAAUUCAAUUUUGCGAGAACUUGUUGAUCGUUCAACUAAUUUUUCUCGGCCUUGUAAUGAUUCAGAACCUGGAAGAUUUGGGGGCAAUCCAGGUCCUCUAUUGCAAAAUCCUGAACAUGGACUUUUGGGAAGUGGUACUUUUCCAAGAAUCUCUAGAUAUUCGGAUGGAACUUCAUCUCCCUUACUCCAAGGAUGUGGUUUCCACCUGCUUAACAGGAGUUCUGAGCCAUACAGACCCCCUCACCUCUGUAAGGCAAAACCUCCUAGGAGAGAGAGUAAUGACCAGUAUAAUGAUGAAACUUUUGGUUCUUCUGAGAAUUUGAGUCAAGAAAGAGUGGAUGAAGAAAGAAGGAGAAGAGAUUCAUUUGAUUUGAUGAGGAAAGAACAAGAAAGGGCUAUUCAAGAAAAGAAAAGAAUAAUUUCUGGUGAGCAUGAAGAAAGUAUAAACCCAGAAACCACCAUUUUCCUGGAGGAUGCUGGAGGUGAUGCGAGACUCACAAACAAGUACUGUAAUUUAAAAGAAUUUGAGCUGUCCCUUGCUCCAAACAGUGACACGGAGGGUUGCAAAACCACUUGGAUUACUUCAUCCACACAGAUUCUCCCAGGUUUUACCAGCAAAUCUCUUGAGUAUGAUCUUAACUCGAGUUCCACAAGCCAUCCCUCCAUACAACAUGAGCUUUCUGAUGUCAAGGAAGAUCAUGCCAAGAAUCAUGCAUCACAUUCUUGUGAUUUAUCUCAUGAAGAAGGAAUUAUCACUGAAGAAUCUAUUCUUUCUGAGCAUAAUGGACAGUAUUCAGCACAGAUUCACUCUCCGACAGACUGGGAUUCCUAUCCCAGAGAAGACUCACAGUCAGGUUCUUUCAAAACUCAUGCUGCUUCCCAGUGCCUUAUUUCUUUUCCACAAAAAAGGAUGGGCUUGUCUGAAGUGGCAGGGUCCUUGAAGCUAAGAAACGAGUCCUCAGAUGAAUUUUAUGUUUCUGAAACUGGAAAUGACAGUGGCCAUCUUAAUAUUGUGAACGAAGGACACACAAGGAGUUUUGAGAAAGUUCCUUUUUCACCUAUUAUAGGGAGGAUGGUUCUUCCAAAGAAUUUGACAGAAUCAUCAUCGAUCCAAAGAGCUCAGAGGUAUAGUGUUACAAGGAAUGAUAUCUUAGCACCUUUUGUAUCUCCACUUCUGACUGAGGAUAAAUAUAUGACUCUUUCAAGAAUCAAUGAACCUUCAGUUGAGACCAAUUUUGAAGGAACCAUGUACCCAGCCUUCAUUAAGCCGGCUGACUUAAGUAAAACUGAAGGUGGUCAGUCUGUCUGUGACACUAAGGCUAGACAGGAAUUGGAUCUUUGGAAUGAGUCAGCAUCAAAGCACAGUCCUAUCAGUGAUUCAGCCGAGUUUGAUAAUAUUUGUCUACCUGAUGAGGACAGCUUGAUUAGAGUUGAUGACACUGUAUUUCCAUGGGAACCCUUAACUGAGGAUACCUCAGGUUCACCAGUUGCUAUUGCUGAGGAGCAAGCAGUUUUUGGCGUCACUCUCAGUGACAAUAGAACUCAAGAUCUAGCAAGCUUGAAUACUUCUUUUCAGAAUUUCUGCAUCCAGCAAUCCUAUCCACAGGUCUGCCAUCCUCGGUUGAAUCCAGGGAAUGCAUAUUUCCAUCAUCUCAGUUCUCAACAAGUGCAACAGAAUUCCAAAAACAAGGUCCCCAAUUUAAGACCCUAUCGCUGGAAGCCGCACUAUCGCCAGUCUUUCCCCCCAGCUCUGCAUUUUGAUCCCAUCCAGUGUGCAUACCCUACUGCACCAACACUCCAUUCUGUUAACCAUCCUCUAAAAACAGAGAUGCCCAUUCCAGGUGAAUUUCAUCCUUACCAAUAUGGAUUGCCAAAAGGUGUAUCUGCUCCUAACAAGGUAGCUUUUCAUGCAAACGAGUCAAUGCUUUACUCUCUACAAAAUUAUCACCAACAUCACUACAUGGACCUUGAAAUGCCAUUUACAGAUCACAUUGUUGGCUUGAACAGUAAUCAACCUGCUAUCUCUGAAUUGUUUGAGAUGGAUUUGGCUGCAAGGCAGGCGCACCCUCAUCUUUCCAAGGCUGGUGAUUUUUCAGGAAUGUUUGGCAACCAUGUUUACAUGCAAUUUUAGUGUAGAUGAUAGGCAAGAAGAUGACAUGACUCAAAAUGCUGUAGAUAUGGCCUUCUUUUAUCACAUCAAUAGGUGUUGUUAAAGGAAAAAUGUCUAGGAAUAGGAUCACGGCACACCUUGGCAUUAGCAUCUGGUCAAAGAAAGGAAAAAUGAAGAGAAACAUGUUUAAAGAUUUUUACCCAAAAAAUUGUUAUGAAGAUCUCAUAGAAAGAUACUUCCUUGGACUUUCUUCCAGUUGCUUACGAUUCUGUAGGGCCUCGGAGGAAUGGAGAUUUGUCCAAACCUCUUCACUAGAUGUUGCAUGCACAGAACUUUGGAUAUCAUCGAAUGGUGUUAAGAAUUGUCACAGAUGAUCGCUUGAUAUCAAGAGUCAUUUAUCACCAUAGUUAUAUAUAUAGCCAGCAGCCCGGGAGAGCCCUCUCCGCAGCUGUGAUGAAGGGGAGAGGAUGACAGCUUAACACCCUAAUAAAGGCCCGUUUUAUAAAUUUUAUCUGUAUACAAGUGCCAAAAUGGCUAUAUAGUGCACACAUAAAGCACAAUGCUCACA